AUGAGAUUCAUAAAAGGAAGCAAAGUUGAGGUAUUUAGCAACAAAGAGGCACCUUAUGGUGCGUGGCGAUGUGCUGAGAUUAUCUCAGGUAAUGGACGUACCUACAAUGUUAGGUAUUACUCUUUCCAACAACAACUUGCACAUGAGGAGGCAGAAAUGGAGAGAGUUCCACGGAAGGUGAUUAGGCCGUGUCCUCCGCAAGUUGAUGUCGAGCGAUGGGAGGCUGGUGAGCUGGUGGAAGUUCUUGAUAAUUUCGCCUGGAAAGCUGCCACUGUGAGAGAAGAGUUGUGUGGGAAGUACUAUGUGGUUCGAUUGCUUGGGACUCCAGCGGAAUUUACAUUUCACAAAGUCAACCUCAGGGUCCGACAGUCGUGGCAAGAUGAGACAUGGGUUGCUAUUGGGAAGGUAUCUGGUUCUUUGAAGUCAUCAACACUGACUGGAUCAGACGUACAUCAGAAGCUGCAGCCCCAAAUGAACAACAAACGUCUCAACGAGCCUAGUGUUGCCUCUGCUAGAGUGUUGAAGAGGUCUUCCCCUUUGAACUGGUCUGAAUGUGCUGAAUCAUGCACAGGUAACCCUAAGAAGAUACGAUCAAUGGAAAAGGUAGAUGUUAUUGCUUGCCAACCUAAAAAUAGGGGUGGUAAAUCUCACGCGCAAGCUUCUUUUAAGAAUCAGAAAACUGGUUGCUGUCAAAUGGUCAGGAUGAGCUCAAAAGGGUACAGUGGGAGUGUUCGUCCAGGAAGCUUGGUUGCUGAUGAUUGUUAUGAUAGCGAUGCAUGCUCGGUUGGUAGUUGUAGUGCUACUAGUUAUGAUGAGAGCAACAUGCCACCUUGUAUGCUAGAUGGCUCCAGUCAACAGGCAGACGCAUGUAGUAGCGACGCUGAAUCUUCUUGUGGCCUUGGAGAAGAAACAACGCGGAAACAUUCAUUUGCAAAUGAUGGAGCAAGAAGGUCCUGUAGGAACAGUGUCGCCUUGUUUGGGGCUUGCAGACCUUUUGCUUUUAGAGAUCUAAACUCUGAUGCUGGGGUUUACAACUUCUCCCUUGGCCAUCUGCUUGGUGCUAUUAUGCUGUCCUUCUCUAGUUGUUAUCUUGAUAUUGCGGCUUCUUUCAGGUGUCCUGGAGUUGGCUUUGUCCACAGAGCCUUGAAAGCUGUACUUUGA